UGGAGGACUGAGCUGCUGUGGAGGCUUUGGGGCUAACGAUUCAACCUUCUGACUGUUUUGUGGUUUUUCUUCUUUCUCCGAGUAAAAGUCAUUCAUGAGCCUGAAUGCGAGCGGAUUUGGGGAGCUAAGCGGCGGUCGGGAGCAGAUGAGCGGCGGCAGAAGUGAGCUAGUCCGCCACGGCCAUUGUGCUGGAGCCCCCGCACUACAGCAUGUAGAGACGGCAGCGCCUUCCCCUUCUGGUCUUUGCAAAUGAAAAUGGAGGAGAUGGCCCUGUCCGGCAUGGACAACAGUAAGAUGGAGGGCAUCGCUCAGGAGAUCCUGGCUGACCUGGUGGAGGACGCUUGUUUGGGGCUGUGCUUUGAGGUGCACAGGGCCGUCAAGCAGGGCUACUUCUUCCUUGACGACACUGACCAGGAGAGCACCAAGGACUUUGAAAUCGUGGACCAGCCCGGCGUGGACAUCUUCGGUCAGGUGUACAACCAGUGGAAGAACAAAGAGUGCGUGUGUCCCAACUGCAGCCGGAGCAUCGCCGCGUCCCGCUUCGCCCCUCACCUGGAGAAGUGCCUGGGCAUGGGCCGCAACAGCAGCCGCAUCGCCAACCGCAGAAUAGCCAGUGGCAACAACACAAACAAAUCCGAGAGCGAUCAAGAGGACAACGAUGACGUCAAUGACAAUGACUGGUCCUACGGGGCAGAAAAGAAAGCCAAGAAGAGAAAAGCAGAUAAGAAUUCAAAUUCACCAAGAAGAUCCAAAUCGUUAAAACACAAAAAUGGAGUGAGGAUGACCGACUGACGAAGAUCCGUGUUCGUCCUUCAGCUUUGCUGGGCUCCAAGCGACGCGGCGAGAACCAGGAGAGUUCGUGUGUGUUGCUAAGUGAUGGGUCGUUUCCACAGUAACAACGUUGUCGACGGGAGGCCCCUCCAGUCACUACCCACAAUGCCGUUCGGCUCGGCUCACCUUGAGAAGCAGAUGCAUGACCCUCGAACUGCGCCUGAGCGGCAGAAGCGACAUCGAUUAGCUUCAUCAUUCAGUUUACACAAGUGUUUGUUUUAAUUCGUCUGGAAUAUUUUGCACAAUUAAUCGAUGUUGUGUUGAUCGUCUCGUCUUGACACCGUAGCUUGAUAGUUCUUCAGCCUGACAGUGUGGAACGUGCACAAUAAGGGAAGCUCUCAGGGAGGACGUGGGCGGGGCCAUUGGUUACAGUGGCAGGUGGGAGUAGCUGAGCACGGAGUGAUGGAUUCCUCCCUUCAAGACUGAUCCUGUCUCUGAGCUCUCAUUCAGAGGAUGUUUUUAAGAGAAGGAACCAUAAAGUCAGGACUGAUAAAUCAUCAAUCACUAUGCUGCUUUUCACCUGUUCUCAAGGCUAAAGAACUGCAACGCCUUGACGAAUAAUUAUGAUCUUCACACUAUUACAGGAAAAAAAAAUUAAAUUAAUCUUUGGGACUGUAUAUGGACACUUGAACUUGCCACUGACAAAGACGUACCUAUUCCUUUUAGGGGAACGAAUCAAGGCUUGAGUUUCUCCUUUUAUCGUUUUGCAUUUUCGGUCUCGUUUCUGUGUACUAGAUGUUUACAGUGUAAGGAAUCGUGUGUCUUCACUGUGUUGUAACUGUACAUAUAUUUGACUAGGUGAAAAAUGCUGCUAUCCUGGCCAUGAGCCGUGUGCUUGUGGACAUGUCACGUGUAAUAAACGAUCAGAACCUUGAA